CGUAGAAGUGUAGAACAAGGCUCCGUGCGCAGGAAAAACUCAGAUUUAGAAGUCUCGGAUGAAAAGUAACCCUGCCUAACUGACCCCACUGCACCAUUUCUCAUUUAAAAACCCACCCACUGUCAAAGGAAAUCUCUUGCGAAGACCAGAAACAUGGGUUUUGCUCUCCUUCCAGUUUUGGUCUCAGUUCUCACCAUUCAGUACUCUGCAGCUCAAAGCUUCAAAUGUAGCUCGAGCGACCCGAGUACAUGUCAUGCAUUGGUCGGCUACAUCACUGUUAACAACACCAACCUCGGCGCCAUUCAAUCCCUUUUUAGCGUCAAGAACCUCAGGAGUCUCCUUGGAGCCAACAACUUACCUCUCAACACCAAGCGCAGCUAUGCCAUACCCGCACAACAGGUCAUCAAAGUCCCCAUCAAUUGUUUGUGCAACAACAACACUGGAACUUCCAGCGGUGCUCCUAUCUACACCGUUCAACCAGGUGACGGCCUCUACCACAUUGCAGCUGAGGUGUUCUCGCGGUUACUGCUUUACCAGCAAAUUGCAGCAGCCAAUAAUAUUAGGGAUGCCAAUUUGAUAACGAUUGGGGACAAGCUCAAAAUCCCCUUGCCCUGUAGCUGCGAUGAAGUGGACGGCCAGAAAGUGGUGCAUUACGCACAUAUGGUGAAGUCAGGGAGUUCUUUGGGGGAGAUCGCUCAAGAGUUUGGAACUAAUGAGGAGACUUUGGCUAGGAUUAAUGGGAUCAAAGCCGACAGUGACUUAAAAGCUGACCAACCAAUUGAUGUUCCUCUCAAAGCCUACUCAUCCAUAAGCAGUGACUCCUUCGACUUCCCUUUACUUGCUGCUAAUGGCACAUACCUUUUCACUGCAAAUGGUUGUGUGAAAUGCAUGUGUGAUGCUGCUAACAACUGGACAUUACAUUGUGAACCAUCCCAGAAUAAACCAUCCAAGUGGGAUACAUGCCCAUCCAUGAAAUGCCAAGGUGCCGAAGGUUUGUCUAUUGGAAAUAGCACCGCUGCAGGUUGCAAUCGAUCAACAUGUUCCUACGCCGGCUUUAACAACUCAACCAUCAUGACAACCCUAGUUCAAGACUCCUCAUCUUGUUCAAUAUCCCCUCCAAGCAAUGAUGUCUCAAGAAUCAAUUCGAGUUGGGACUGUCUUUUCAUCUUGGUCUUGCUUGGUUUCCAUUUAUUCCAGUGAAAUGUUAGUGCUGCCAUUGAAGUCCUAUGUUGAUCAACAUCAUGAUUAGACUAUUGCAAUGUAAAGGAAAUUUAUUUUUGAUGAUAUACGGAUAUCAGAAAUUGUUGAAUUGAGUGAAUAAACUCAUUCACAAGCUCACUGGAAAUGUCAUCUCCAGAGCUUCAAAACUUUUUCAAAUAAAAAUAGUUCAUUCUAAAGGUUUUUAGUUGAUAAA